AUGAUCUUGGCUGCGCCAAACGCAAACAAGCUGUGUUUCCCUUUCCGGAGAGCACAGUUCAACACAGCUGUGCUUUCAGUGGCUUCAUACCACCUUUCCCCGCGACUGGCGCCUGCUUUCUACUCAACGCAAGCCUCCUGGAAGAUCAAUUCGAAGGAUAACGCCUGGGCUGGUAAGGCGCGCGCCAAGUCGCUGGAUCUGAGAAGCGAUGUGACAACAAUCCCGACCCAGUCCAUGCUUGCCGCAAUUCAGUCCUGCACACACCAAGAUGAUGUUUACCAAGAGGACUCAAUCACGUCAAAUCUUGAGAGCAAUGUUGCACACUUGGUUGGAAAGGAGGCCGGUUUAUUUGUGCUUUCUGGUACCAUGGGCAACCAGCUUUCUCUCAGAAGCCUCCUUACCCAACCUCCGUAUGGAGUUCUUUGCGAUAGGCGAUCUCAUAUUCUCAACAACGAAGCCGGCGCCAUUUCAUCCUUGACGGGCGCGCAGGUCCAGCCAGUCACGGCCAGCAACGGCAUCCACCUGACCCUCGAGGACGUGAAAAAAGAGGUUGUGCUCGGAGACGACAUACACUCGUGCCCCACGCGGGUUAUCAGUCUCGAAAAUACGCUCAACGGUAUGAUUAUGCCCUUGUCCGAGAUAGAGAGCAUCUCGAGCUUUGCACGAGAGCAUGGUAUCAGCAUGCACUGCGAUGGCACUCGGUUAUGGGAAGCCGCAGCUGCAGGCGCUGGUGCUAUAAAUGAGCUCUGCGCUCCGUUUGACACUGUUAAUCUAUGCUUCACGAAAGGCCUGGGGGCUCCAGUAGGAGAAGCUAUGUCGGCGCAAUACAAGGAACAGAGCAUCGAAGCGUAG